AAUACUAUCAUACGCGUUUCAAUUAGCUUUUUCCAAGCAUCUUGUGUGUAUUUGUAAACAAUCCAAGAAGAAAAAGUAAAAAUUUAAAAAGUCUCAAAUCUUAAGUCAUUUUUUAUUGAAAGCAUUAUUCAAUUAUGAUUAAUCCAAACAUUCUUUGAAUCUUCUAUCCUCUCUUCUAUAAUAAUGAUCUUAUACCCACUUCACAUGGUAGAGAGGAUACACAAACCCCACUUGGCUCCCAAUAAUUCAAAAGAUCUCACUUUCUCAAAUUCUGACCGAGGCUCCAAUGAGAUCGGCUCAAGAAGAGAUGGAUCUUGAGGAAUGGGAGUUACUCCCCAGUCCCAAGAACAGCUUCAAGGAUCUUGAUCACGACGAGGAUCAUCAUGGAGACAUGGUUAUGGACUACUUCCUCUGUCCAUCUGCUCAACAAGAACCUCUCCACAAGAUAGAGUCUCCUCCAAGAUCCAAAGUGAUCCCCACAAAGCUCCUCCAAGUUCCCAUAGCUUGGGAACCCGUGUUGGAUCACGAGAACAAGAAGAUAUCUAAUGACCCGGAUCCAACACAAACCCUUUUGACGGACUCUGUUCUGUCACCAACAGUAUCCUUCAAGAAAACGAAGGAAACCGAAUUUGCCGACAUGAAAGUGGACCCACCAGCAAGGAUCACGAGUCCUGUGUCUCUGAUCGAUGCUGCGAAACCCUCUGAUUCCGAAGGAAGUGAUGACGUGCGAGAGAAGAAAGAAGAUGAUGAUGUGAGGAGUGAUCAUGGUGGUGGUGAGAAGGCUAAUCUGUGGAAGAUUGGUCUGAAUGGGAUCGGAGCAAUAUGCUCUUUUGGUGUUGCAGCAGCUGCAGCUACCGUGUGUGUCUUAUUCCUCGGACACAACGACAUCAAAGUUUGUAAGAACAAAAACCACAAACUUAGGUUUCAGAUUUACUCCGAUGAUAACAAGCAGAUGAGGGAAGCUGUGAAUCAUGCAACAAAGGUCAAUGAAGCAAUCUUUGCCAUGAAAGGUGUUCCUGUCGUAAGAGCUCAAAUAUCUUUUGGAGGUUACUACGAUGGACUUUGAAUCUCAGCCAUCCAUAAUCCUCUAUGGAAUCAUGGGGUCAGCUCGAGCCUACAUCACCCACCAGCUUCUUCAUAAGUUCAAUAGUUUUUUUUUAAAGCAUAAGUUCAAUAGUUAAUAGCGACAGCGUGCAUGCAUGAUUAUUGUCUAUAAACUUUGUAAAUUAACUUAUUUUGUUAUAAAAAUCAGAUUUGUUAAUAUAUCAUUGUAAAAGUUCAAGUAAAUUUUAAUCGUCAUUGAGGAA